AGUUUUAUUAAGUUCGUAUCGUGACAACACUGCCAUAACAACAUGUCUUUCGCAUCUGUCGGUGGGAUGUGCCUUAGCUGAGACGAAAAAAGAAAAAGGGAAAUAUUAAGAAAUAAAGUAAAAGAAGUUGUGACUCAGAACAAGACACUCACACCAGAGACUAAAAAGAUACAAGCAUCAAACGAGAACUGACACAGUUUUGCAUACAUUAUGCUUCAUGUAAAUGAAAAUGGUAUUGGAUUCACAAAAUUUGAGAAAAAAGAGGCAAAACCUAAAAAUUAUAUGAAUGAAAACCUGAAGAAAGUUCAUCAGAUUCAAAAGUUAGUGAGGUCAAAAACACUUGAAAGUCAGGAACCACCCAAAGAGUUGUGGAAGUCGAAAAAAUUUCAGGAUGUUCCAUCAAGGUUUAGAGAACAAUCACAGAAUGAACCAUCAGCACCUGGGAAUUAUUUGCGGGCUCAUUCACGAUCGGGACCUCCAACUAGAUUACCAAGUGAGAACCAGUCAGUGGAUGGUUCAUUUGAGAAACUAAGUCUGACCUCUGCUGAUGAUCUGAAAGAAACAGAACUACUUAGAAAAGAUGUAGAUUUUGUCAAGCGGAAUAGUCGGGCAGCAAAACAUCACCAACAGGUACGACCUCCAAGUUCUCUGCGGGAACUUAGUGCUAAAAAGAAAACAGAAGAAGAUUUUAACAAAUACAAAAAAGGUGUUAUCCCUAAAUAUUUAAAAGAACGACAGGCACAGUGGGUGAAAGAUGAGGAAGAGAGGGUUGCCAGUUUACCAGACCCAACAGUUCCACCAGGACACAAGGUAUUACCUGAUAGUGAACGGGUUGAAACUUUGGAAUUACUCCAGAAAAACCAGCGUGACCUACUGCAGAAAAUACAGAAACUGCCUUUAAGUAACGAUUCCGUACGAGCUCAGAAAAGACGGCAAGAACUGGAGAGCAAGCUUGCUGAGAUUGACGAAGCUGUGAAAAUAUUUUCAAGAUCAAAAGUUUUUGUUAAGAUUGAAGAUUGAUGAGUUGUAAAUGCUGUAAUAUUUUAAACUUUUUUUCUUUGUAUUUAUAUAUUUAUAUAAUUCUUCUAUAAAUAGUACUUUUC